UUUUACUCUGCAACAUGGAAGUAAUGUAGUAUUCUAAAUGUAAUCGUAAAGAUGCGAAAUAACGUAGUCAUUUCCAUUACUGGACGUGCAUCCAUUCGGAUUAUCAUCAGACCGCUAUCAGCAUGGGCUGCAGUCAUAGCAGUGAUGGUGUUUGAAUGUGGGAAUACAGUAAAAUGCGAAAAAGCAACGUUAAUGAAAAAUACAUGCAAAAUGUGGAAAGAAUACAAAGUGGUAACAUCAGACGGACGCAUACAAUGUUAUCAAUGGGACUUCAUGCUUGAGGAAUGUCUUCUUGAUCCAGAAUUUAAUGCUACCGCAGGCCACUAUCUAUCCAAUAAGUCAUUGCGAUUGAAUAUUAACAAACCAGGUGGAACGGCCAAUCCUGAAUCACAAGACAGUGUUACGUUUGGUCCAGUGGACAGUGGACAUGGUUUAGAUCCAGGAAACGAAAUGAUAAUAUGUUUGACGAUUGCUCCUAUCGCGAUAGCAGGGCUUGUUGCUAUUGUCAUGAUCGCCAAGAUGAAGAAGAGCAAACGGUCUUUCACAAAUGCUCAAGACAGAGACAAGGCGUCUCGUCAGAGUUUAAUUGAAGGAAGUGGAAACGCUGUUUGGGUUUCAAUGUGCGAUGAAUCGAAUAAAGAUGUCAUUCACCAGUCAAGUAAAGUCUCACCACCACCAUUGCAAAAUAAAUCAGAUUCAGCUCUUUUGAUUUGA